UGCGCGCGUGUUGUAUGAUUGGUGGGAAAUGUGUUGCUUUUAUCGAGAGCUUUUGCCGCUGCUGUCUACCUGCGAAAUGUGUAAAUAAUGGUUUAAAAUGACGGACGAUAAUUGUUGCUCGUUUCAGACGCCUGACUCUGAGAGUCGAUUAGAUGAGUGUGAAACUGCUUCUGUUGUGCUCAGUCAAAAACAACGACGAGCUGCUCUUAAACGAGAGAGAAGGAAAAGGAAACGUCAAGCUAUUGCUAAAUUAAGAGAAGCAGCUCUAGAUCAUUCACAAAAUGAGGAGCACCAAACUGAAGAUGAGGAAGAACAGACUGCUGAUGAGCAGAGUGAGCGAUUACACCAGGAAUGGCUGGAGAGAGAAAGAAUUGCACAGGAAGAAUUCGGGCUGAAGAGGGAGAGAGAAGAGGCAGCGCAAAAGAGAAAGGAGGAAGAAGAGAGGAGGAUCAGAGAGGAAUGGGAGGAGCAGCAAAGGAAAGAAAAAGAGGAGCGGGACCAGAAGGAACAGGAGAAGAGAGAGAGAGAGGAAGCUGUACAGAAAAUGCUGGAUCAAGCAGAGAGUCAGCUGGAAAAUGGUGGUCCUUGGAAAAACCCUGAUGCCCCAAAGGAUUAUGGAACUGAAAAGGACAAGGCAAACUGCCCCUUCUUCCUUAAAACGGGUGCUUGUAGGUUUGGAGACCGGUGCUCCCGAAAGCAUGAGCACCCUACAUCCAGCACCACUCUGAUGGUGAGGGGGAUGUUUGUGACAUUCGGGAUGGAGCAGAGCAGACGUGAUGACUACGACACUGAUGCCAGUCUUGAGUACAGCGAGGAGGAAAUGCACCAGCAGUUCCUGGAUUUCUAUGAAGACGCUCUGCCAGAGUUCAAGAAUGCAGGGAGGGUGGUGCAGUUCAAGGUGAGCUGCAACUUUGAACCUCACUUGAGAGGGAACGUUUACGUUCAGUAUGACACAGAGGAGCAAUGUAGAGAAGCGUUCAUGAUGUUUAAUGGCCGCUGGUACGCUGGAAGACAACUUCAAUGUGAAUUCUCCCCAGUAACUAGAUGGAAAACAGCCAUAUGUGGUCUUUUCGACAGGCGGAAAUGUCCAAAGGGGAAACACUGCAACUUCCUUCAUGUGUUCAGGAACCCAGACAAUGAAUUCUGGGAGGCGGACCGCGAUCUUCAUAUGUCCCCUGAUCGCAGUGGAGGCUUUUCUAGUCGCCAUCUGGGCAGCAGAGAUGGAGUGUGGUUCCAGCGUGGAAAUAGUCCUGUGCGCUUAUCCCAGCGCUGGAGGACAGAUCGAAGGAGCCACAGCCGUGAGCGGUACAGUUACAGGGGAAGACGGAGUCGUAGCCGGGAGAGGCGGAGUCGCAGCAAAGAGAGGCGGGGCCGUAGCCAGGAGAGGCGGAGUCUUAGUCGAGAGAGGCGGAGUCGCAGCAGAGGGAAACACAGUCGAAACAGGGAAAAGCGGAGUCGUAGCAGAAGCAGAGAGAGAAGGAUGUCAGAGCAAUCAAUGACAAGAAGAUCAGCGUCUCAGAGAGAGCAAUCCAGAAGGAGCAGGAGCCGAUCCCACAGCAGAGACCGGUUAAAGCAAGACGAACGUACAUCAGCAGACUCGAGAAGACAGACGCCAAAAUCAAACAGCCCAGAACAUGUGUCCAAAAAUGGGUCAGUGAAACGGAGGAGUCACAGGAGGGAAAGCCAAAGCCCAGAAAACUCUGACCGAAUGGAUGCACAUCACCACAAGCACUCUAAAAAGAGCAAGAAGAAGAAAAAGGGCAAAAAGAAACACAAACGAAAGAAGAGUAAAUCACGCAGCUCAAGCUCGGAGUCUGACGAAGACUCCCGGAAUGAGGAGCGUGAUGAGAUGCCGUCUAAAUCAGAAACUCCUGCCGAAGAACGUACAGCGGUGGCGUCCAGCACUGGUUCGCCAGUAGAUAAAGUACAGACCACAAAUUUGGAGGGUUGUCAUCCGGAAGAGGAAAUCCAUUGUGCGCUAGAUGCUACCAAAUCUGACAGCACCACACAGUCUGGAUAGAUACAUAAUCUGUUGUCAGAAAGCAGCUGUUGAUAUUUUAGUUUGCAUGACAAAAUGCCUAGUUUGCCUGAUUUUGCUGAUGAAUAAAUUGCCUGUACAUUUGUAAUUA